GGUGUCACUUCCUUCCAGGGAAAUUCCUUCAUGGAAGGGGCUGUCAGGAGUUAAAUGGGAGGUUUGGAGUCCUCGUCCCCGCAGGUGGCCACGGAAAGCCUGGCUGUGGCACUGAGGGGACAAGGCGGGCAUCGGGCACAGCUUGGGCUCGAUGGCCCUGGGGCUCUUUUCCACCCUUAAUCAUUCUGCGAUUCUGUGCKUUGAAAGAAACAGAGUGCCCUGAGCCAUCUCCGACGUUAAUAAAAACUGCUGGUUCUGCUGCAAUUCCUUGGUAAACAAUGAAGGUUCUGCUGCUGAAGGAGCCCAAAGACAAAGAUUCGGGGCCAGAUCCUUAUAUUAAAGAAUUAGGAUCAUACAGCUUGGAAGCAGCAUUGAUCCCAGUUUUGUCAUUUGAAUUCAUCUCUCUUGACAGUUUAUUUGAGAAGCUUUCCCAUCCAGAGUGCUAUGGAGGCCUAAUUUUUACCAGUCCAAGAGCAUUAGAAGCCAUCAAGAUAUGUUUAAAAGAGAAGAGUAAAAAAGAAGCCUGGUCAAAAUCUCUUAAACAAAUGUGGAAUAUCAAACCAACAUAUGUGGUAGGAAAAGCUACAGCUUCUUUAGUGGAAGAAAUUGGUCUUAUUCCACAAGGAGAAAAGUCUGGAAAUGCUGAGAAAUUAGCUGAGUAUAUUUGUUCAAGAGAGAAACCCAAUUCCUCAGCUCUUCUGUUUCCUUGUGGAGCCCUGAAAAGAGAAGUGCUUCCUACAGUGCUGAGAGAAAAAGGCAUAGCCCUGGAAGGCCUCACUGUUUAUCAAACAACCCAACACCCUGAUCUGCAGGAAUCUUUGAGCAKUUACUUCUCCCAGCAGGUACUGGACACUGAUGUGGUUUGAGAUUUUCUGAGGCAGAUGACAAUGCCUCCCAGAAUGUUCCUUUUUUGAAAUAAUGUAAUUGAAAUACCACUGGGCAUCUUUGCUGUGUAUCACAAAUCAGAAUCCAGUAAUAAUCUGCCUACCUAGUUCAUGUAAAAAGAAUUGCUUUUAAUUUUUCAAGAUUGGCUUUCUGAAUUUUCCAUUUGGGAG